CUCUGCGGCCGUGUGGAGCGAGGCCUUGUUCCCGCGUUGAGCCGCCGCCGCCACCGCCGCCGCCUCCUCAGCUUCAGCCUCCGCACCAGGCCCGGCCCCGCCGCGCCAUGUCGGACUACAGCACAGGAGGACCCCCGCCCGGGCCGCCGCCCCCCGCAGGCGGGGGCGGGGGAGCCGGGGGUGCCGGAGGAGGCCCUCCCCCGGGCCCAACGGGCGCGGGGGACCGAGGCGGCGGUGGCCCCGGCGGCGGCGGUCCGGGCGGUGGGUCGGCCGGGGGCCCCUCGCAGCCGCCUGGUGGGGGUGGCCCGGGGAUCCGCAAGGACGCCUUCGCGGACGCCGUGCAGCGCGCCCGCCAGAUUGCAGCCAAAAUUGGAGGCGAUGCUGCUACAACAGUGAAUAACAGCACUCCUGAUUUUGGUUUUGGGGGCCAAAAGAGACAGUUGGAAGAUGGAGACCAGCCGGAGAGCAAGAAGCUGGCUUCCCAGGGAGACUCAAUCAGUUCUCAACUCGGACCCAUCCACCCUCCCCCAAGGACUUCAAUGACAGAAGAGUAUAGGGUCCCGGACGGCAUGGUGGGCCUAAUCAUUGGCAGAGGAGGUGAACAAAUUAACAAAAUCCAGCAGGAUUCAGGCUGCAAAGUACAGAUCUCUCCAGAUAGCGGUGGCCUACCUGAGCGCAGCGUGUCCCUGACAGGAGCCCCUGAGUCUGUCCAGAAAGCAAAGAUGAUGCUGGACGACAUUGUGUCUCGGGGUCGUGGGGGCCCCCCAGGACAGUUCCAUGACAACGCCAACGGGGGCCAGAAUGGCACUGUACAGGAGAUCAUGAUUCCUGCAGGCAAGGCCGGCCUGGUCAUCGGCAAAGGCGGGGAGACGAUUAAACAGCUGCAGGAGCGUGCUGGAGUGAAGAUGAUUUUAAUUCAGGACGGGUCCCAGAACACAAAUGUGGACAAGCCCCUGCGAAUCAUUGGGGAUCCUUACAAAGUGCAGCAAGCCUGUGAGAUGGUGAUGGACAUCCUUCGGGAACGUGACCAAGGUGGCUUUGGGGACCGGAAUGAGUAUGGAUCUCGAGUUGGUGGGGGUAUCGAUGUACCCGUGCCCAGGCAUUCUGUUGGGGUGGUCAUUGGCCGUAGCGGAGAAAUGAUCAAGAAGAUCCAGAAUGAUGCCGGUGUGCGGAUACAGUUCAAGCAAGAUGAUGGUACGGGACCUGAGAAGAUUGCUCACAUCAUGGGGCCCCCAGACCGGUGUGAGCAUGCAGCCCGGAUUAUCAACGACCUCCUCCAAAGCCUCAGGAGCGGUCCUGCAGGCCCUCCAGGGGGUCCUGGCAUGCCCCCAGGGGGCCGAGGCCGAGGAAGAGGCCAAGGCAACUGGGGGCCUCCUGGCGGGGAGGUGGCCUUCUCCAUUCCCACUCACAAGUGCGGGCUAGUCAUUGGCCGAGGAGGUGAGAAUGUGAAAGCCAUAAACCAACAGACUGGCGCCUUUGUGGAGAUCUCCCGGCAGCUGCCACCCAAUGGGGACCCCAACUUUAAACUCUUCAUCAUCCGGGGCUCCCCCCAACAAAUUGACCAUGCCAAGCAGCUCAUUGAGGAGAAGAUUGAGGGUCCCCUUUGCCCAGUUGGACCAGGCCCGGGGGGACCAGGCCCUGCUGGUCCUAUGGGACCCUUCAACCCCGGACCCUUCAACCAGGGGCCACCAGGGGCUCCCCCACAUGCCGGUGGGCCCCCUCCUCACCAGUACCCACCCCAAGGCUGGGGCAAUACCUACCCCCAGUGGCAACCACCUGCUCCUCAUGACCCAAACAAAGCUGCUGCAGCAGCGGCGGACCCCAAUGCCGCCUGGGCUGCCUACUACUCACACUACUACCAGCAGCCCCCAGGCCCUGUGCCAGGCCCUGCCCCAGCCCCUGCAGCCCCUCCGACACAGGGGGAGCCCCCUCAGCCCCCGCCCACAGGCCAGUCAGACUACACCAAGGCCUGGGAAGAGUAUUACAAAAAAAUUGGCCAGCAGCCUCAGCAGCCCGGUGCACCCCCACAGCAGGACUACACGAAAGCCUGGGAGGAGUACUACAAGAAGCAAGCGCAAGUGGCCACCGGAGGGGGUCCUGGAGCGCCCCCCGGCUCCCAGCCAGACUACAGCGCUGCCUGGGCUGAGUAUUACAGACAGCAGGCGGCGUACUACGGACAGACUCCCGGUCCUGGCGGCCCCCAACCGCCUCCCACCCAGCAGGGACAGCAGCAGGCAAGUGGGAAUUGCCACCCUCCUCCUCCUCCUUUCUCCUUCCAACCCCCAGCCACCGUCCAUCCUGCCUUAGUGGGUAGCGCCGGAAAUCCCUUCCCCUGCGGGGUGUGCCCUUGAUGCCUGCAGCGGGCGUGUGGCCAGAGUCUCCGGAGCGCCCCGCGCCCGCCCGCCUGCCACCGGGAAGCGCUCGCUGGGUCCAGAGGCUCAAGGAGGAGGCUCCUCGCCAGCCGCUUGUUCCUGUGUAACGCUGUCGUGAUGCUGGGGGAGCGCGAACCUCGCAAAGGUGGAACUUGUGAACUGGUGGGUAGUCCUGGGGUGGGGACAGGCAAGCAGCUCCUGUGGUGGUCCGUCCCGGCUGCUAACCUGCUCACUCAGAAUCUGGCCACUUGGGAAGAAAACAUCUAUUUUUCCCUUCUCUGCAUCACUUUUUGGUUUUUGUUCUUUUUAUUAUUUUUUAAAGCCACAAUCUUUAUCCCCUGUGUCCAAGUGACUGUGUUGCAGGCAGCCCGGCUCUGGCGGGAUUGAGAGGAGCCUGGUCCACCUGGCCAGCCUCCACUCGUGCGCUCGCCUCUGUGUCCCGGUCUUGUCUGUGAAGUGGGCAUGACGAUUGUUGCCACCUUCCAACCUACCUCACAGGGGUGUUGUGGGGACACCAUGAUCUCUGAUUGUUGAUGUUGUGAUGCGCCGGAGCCCGCCUCCUCCCUCCCCCUUCCUGUGCCUCUCCUCUCCCCCUGUGGCCUCUGCUUCUCUCUGCUGCCUGUCCCUUCUCUCUUCCUCCAUGGAGCUGUCUGACUUCAACUGAGUCCCUAUGAGACUAGACAGUGACAGUCCUCUGCCUGGGCCAGCACAGGUUUGGGAGGGGCUUCCUGGCCCUCCCUCCCCAUGGUGCGGCCUCUCUUCGCCCCUCUGCCCCUCCCCGUAGUGACCAAUUCCUAUCUCUUCCCUUUCCGCAGGCUCAAUGAAUCGAAUGAAUGUGAACUUCUUCAUCUGUGAAAAAUCUUUAUUUUUUUUCUCCAUUUUGUUCUGUUUGGGGGCUUUUUUUUUGUUUUGUUUUUUACUUGGUUUGUUUGGUGAGAGAGCGAUGGCCACCUGGGGUGCCAGGGAGCCCUCGCAGUGAGGGCCUGGGGCUCUCGCUCUCUAGCUCACUCUGUGUCUUGCAUCCUUUUCCUUUUAAAAUUGGGAUUCUUCAUGUUGAGCCAGCCUUAGAAAAUAGCGAGAAUUAAAUCUCUGCCAAAAAAAAAAUUUAAAGAUUAAAAACACAAAGAGCAGAACAAAACCUAUAAAAUGAUAUAUAUAUAUAAAUCUCUAUCCCCCAGCCUUCCCAGAACGCCUCUGCUGAGGGUUAUGCGAUUCGUUUUCUCCCUCCUGCCCAUGGCCCUCUUGUUUUUAAAAUAAACUUUUAAAAAGAAAAAAAAAAGUCACUCUUGCUAUUUCUUUUUUGGUUUUUUAGUUAGAGUUGGAACAUUCCUUGGACCAGGUGUUGGUACUGCAGGUCCCUUCCGCCCCACCUAUCUCUCCUCCUCUCCUCCCUAGCUCUGCCCUGCGCCCGCCCAGGAUUGGUCUAGUCUGUUGUCUUUUCAUCUGUUUAAGAGGAGAUAACGAAGAACAAAACAAAUUGUAUGGCAGUUUUUACUUUUUAUCGCUCGUUUUUAACUUCACAAAUAAAUGAUAACAAAACCUCCCCGUGUCUGCCGGGUGCUGUCUGUCUGUCUGUCUGUUUCCCUCCCUGUAGUUUGGAAGCAGAUGUUUGUUCUUCAUAGAUGUUGUAAAAAAGAGGAAAAAAAAACAAAAACAAAAAAA